AUGUAUGUUGUUAACAGGUGGCCAAUGAGAAUUAACAUGAGACUUUCUACCUCGUCACAUGGGAAACUGGGUGAACAAUCCAACAAAUCAGAAACAAGGUUACAUAUGGCUGUGUUUGAGUUGGGUGAACAAUCCAACAAAUCAGAAACAAGGUUACAUAUGGCUGUGUUUGAGUUGGUUGAACAAUCCAACAAAUCAGAAACAAGGUUACACAUGGCUGUGUUUGAGUUGGUUGAACAAUCCAACAAAUCAGAAACAAGGUUCUUAAGUGGACAAACAAAUGGAACUUUCCACCGCUGA